GCCUCAGCGUGGCCUCAUGAGUGGUGCCAUGUCCGUGCCCAGGAUCUGAACCAGGAAAAGCCUGGGCCGCCAACGCAGAGCGCUUGAACCCAACCACUUGGCUAUGGGGCUGGCCCCGAAAAUGCACAUUACCCUCAUAUCUCCUUUCCUUCAACUCCCACAGUAAGAAAACCCAUAUCCCCUGAAUUUACUAACCAUCCAUUGAUCUCCAUACUUGUUAGAAGCUUAGAGACAGUAUUAGACAGCAGAGAAGGAAAUUAAGUUUCAGUAGCUAUGUGCCAGGUGCUGGGGUUCUUUCACACACACUAUCCGACUUUAUCCUUGACAGCACCUUGCUAGGUUAGGUUAUUUUAACCUUCAUGGUAGAGUUGAGGAGUUCAGGUUCAGAAGAAGUUAAGUCACCUGGCUCAGAGAAGGUAAGGUUGGCUCAAACUAUUAGGAGCCCAUGACUGCCUGACCUCAUGCUCUGCUCUUUCCUCUACCCGACCAUUCCAGCUCCUUGGUUUUUACUGUUACAAAACACAUUUCCAUACAUCACUUUGAGCCUCACAACAGUAGCAGAGUGAGCAGUAGUAUCCUCAUUUUAUAAAUGAGGAUAGUGGGGUUCAGAAAUACUAAAUGACUUGCCCAAAGUGACACGGAGCUUAGCUUUUCUGACUCCAUCAUGGUGUACAUUCUGCCACGGUCAAGUUUGCCUAGCAGAGCAUGGCAUAUUUGUUAAAUGGAUGAUGAUCCAAAUUAUAGUAGGAAUCCAAAAAAUAAUUCCUGAAAUAAACUUAAUGUCACUGUCUAGAGGUCUCUAGGUUUUUUAUUCUCCAUCACCUCCCUUCUAGGCUCUGGGCUCCCCUCAGAGACUCUCUUUUCCCAGGAACUGCAUCACCUUCAAACAAGACUCAGAGGAGAAGCCACAUUUCCAAAGGCAGGUGCUGAGAUGGGGGCUUAAGAAGAAGGGUCAUCUUUUGAGAGAGAGCUGAAUGACUUAACAGUUUUUGUUCUCCCACCUCCCACCUUAGGGCUUCCUUAGGUCCUGCUGUGAGGAGGUUGUACUCAGCCUCUUCCCUGCUCCCAGGUGGCAGGACUGUGUUCUGGAGUAGACAGACUAGCGAGCCUCUGCUCUCCUGUUCUGCUCCAGGUGGCCUUGGCAGUCGUCUCACUAGCGCCCCCCUCCUUGCUCCUUCCUAGGCCCCGCCUCCUGCCUCUGGCUCGGCCCUGUAGCCCUGGACACAGUACACACAGCGCAGAGCCAUCGGCUCAAAGGCAAACAAAACGAACUGCCUGGGUUCCCGGGACUAUGGCCAGCACCUUCACACUGGGGCUGAACCCUCAGCACCCUCAUCAUAUCCCGGGGUACACUGGACACUGCCCACUAUUUCGGUUCAGCAUGGGCCAGGCCUAUGGUCAGAUUACUGGUCAUCUACUUCGGGGCUCUCCUGGCCUAGCCUGGCCCCCUGCCCAUUGCACACUUCUGCCUCCCAUUUGACCUCCAAGAUCUCCCGAGGUUCCCAGGAGAAGAAGCCUGCGUGUCAGGCAUGGGCACGAAAGGCUCAGCUCUAGCAUGAUCCCUGGGUACACAGGAUUUGUACCCCAGGCACAGUUCAUUUUUGCCAAGAACUGCAGCCAGGUGUGGGCUGAGGCUCUGCAUCAUUUUACUCAGUGGCAUGGGGGACAAGGGAGUCAAGAGCAGCUGCCAAAGGAGGCUAAGGGAGAAAAAGACAUGGGGAAAGACCAAGAGCCAACACUGGAGCCAGAGCUGGAGGCCAAGGAGGAGCCACAGCUGGGAGAGAAGGUAGAACAAGCUUCCCCCUACUCCAUGGAUGACAGAGAUCCUCGCAAGUUCUUCAUGUCAGGCUUCACUGGUUAUGUGCCCCAUGCCUGCUUCCUCUUCGGCUCCAGCUUUCCUGUGCUUACCAACCAGGCACUGCAGGAAUUUGGACAGAUGUACUCAUGGGGCAGACCUCAGAAGGAUCCCAAACAUCUCCUCCCACUUUCCAUGACUUUCCCUCAGAACCUGGGCCUUUUACCUAACUAUGGGGGCUCUGUGCCAAGGUGUAAGUUCCAGUUUGGCCACACAUCUUGGCAUCUCACCCAUGAUGCUCUGGGCCUCAGCACCCUCCAGAGGCAGCUCCUGGUGUAGGU